CCUGAGUGCGGUCGGGGACGGGGCCGGCGCUGCGGCUGCGCAGACGGGCGACAGGCCCCGCGCGCGGGCGGGUGGGCGGAGCGGCCCCCCAAGCGGGGGCUGGCGAGCGCGGGGAGGGGGCCGAGAGGGCGGCAAAGCCGGCGCACGCCCGGCUGGGGGCGGAGGGCGGGGGCGCACGGGCAGGAACAGCCGCAGCAAGUGGCGGCGGCGGAGGCAGCUGAGGCGGCGGUGACCACGAGCGGGGGUCGCGGCGGCGGCGGCGGGCCCGGAGGCGGGCCGAGGAGCCGGGUGCAAUGGAGCGGAAGAGGUGGGAGUGCCCGGCGCUCCCGCAGGGCUGGGAGAGGGAAGAAGUGCCCAGAAGGUCGGGGCUGUCGGCCGGCCACAGGGAUGUCUUUUACUAUAGCCCCAGCGGGAAGAAGUUCCGCAGCAAGCCACAGCUGGCACGCUACUUGGGGGGCUCCAUGGACCUGAGCACCUUUGACUUCCGCACCGGCAAGAUGCUGAUGAGCAAGAUGAACAAGAGCCGCCAGCGCGUGCGCUACGACUCCUCCAACCAGGUCAAGGGCAAGCCUGACUUGAACACAGCGCUGCCUGUACGGCAGACGGCGUCCAUCUUUAAGCAGCCAGUGACGAAGAUCACCAACCACCCCAGCAACAAGGUGAAGAGCGACCCGCAGAAGGCGGUCGACCAACCGCGGCAGCUGUUUUGGGAGAAGAAGCUAAGUGGCCUGAGUGCCUUCGACAUUGCAGAGGAACUAGUCAGGACCAUGGACCUGCCCAAGGGCCUGCAAGGGGUGGGCCCAGGCUGCACUGAUGAGACGCUGCUGUCAGCCAUUGCCAGCGCCCUGCACACCAGCACCAUGCCCAUUACAGGGCAGCUGUCAGCCGCAGUGGAGAAGAACCCUGGUGUGUGGCUGAACACCACACAGCCCCUGUGCAAAGCCUUCAUGGUGACCGACGAGGACAUCAGGAAGCAGGAGGAGCUGGUACAGCAGGUGCGGAAGCGGCUGGAGGAGGCACUGAUGGCUGACAUGUUGGCCCAUGUGGAGGAGCUGGCCCGUGAUGGCGAGGCACCACUGGACAAAGCCUGUGUGGAUGAAGAUGAUGACGAGGAAGACGACGAUGAGGAGGAGGAGCCUGAGCCAGACCAGGAGCUGGAGCGCAUCUAGAGCAGACGCUCUGCCUGAGAGUCUCGUGCUGUGGGGCACCAGCUUGCAUUGCAUGGCCACACUUGGAACCAGGCUGGGUAGCCAGGCCCAUCUGGGGGAGAGCAGCCCUUCUUGCUCCUUUCUAGGCAAGGCUUUCCUCCUCAGGGCCUGGAGGGGCACUGCUGGGGUCAUCCCCAUUCUCCUUCCAAAGCAGGCCUGAGUUCUGGAAGGGUCACUCGCUUCUGGGCCCCACCUGGCAGGAGGUCCCUCCAUGGUGAACUCAGGGCUAUUGGUGCUCCGACAUAGAGGCCAGCCUUGUCUUCAUGGCCACUGCCCCAAGCUCCUUCACACAGAAGGUGCCAGCAGGCUUGUCUGGCAGUGUGCGUGUGGAGCCUGGAUGUGGUGAGUUGCUGGGUUGCCCUGUCUCCAGCAGCUGGGGAAAUGCUCUUGAAACAUGGUCUCCCUUCUACCUGCAGUAUGAGGAGGGCUGACCUGGGCUAGUGGUCAGCCCUGUGGGACCGAGUCAGAACAGCCCCUCCCCACCCAGUGGGCACAGCUGGUGACCCACAGCCGAGAGCCGGCAGCUACCCAGGAGGUCACUUUCCUUCAAUAAAUUGAUGACAAAUGGCUGGAC